AUGGACUCCCUGAUCCCAUUCACAACCUCGGGCUCGCUCGUAGACUGCGUCGACAGGAAGAUGUUGGUGGUCCUUCGUGAUGGCCGGAAGCUUCAGGGAGUGUUGCGUUCUUACGAUCAGUUCGCAAAUCUUGUGCUCGAGGACACUGUAGAGCGAAUAUACCACGAAAAUGUGUUUGCGGAGGCAUGGCGGGGGUUGUUCCUCAUUCGUGGAGAGAACGUGGUGCUGCUUGGCGAGAUUGACCUAGAUCAGGAAGACGACAUUCCCCUCACACAGGUAGAUUGGGCUGAACUCGAGCCGUACCACAAGCAGGAGGUCGCGACGAAGAAGAAACGCGAAGACGACAAGUCACAGUUCCUAUAUGAGGAAAAGGGCUUCUGCAGGGAGGGUGGAGAAGGCGAUGGAUACUGA